AUGCGAGCCAAGAACGUGCGCGUGGCCGUGGACAUAGCGCUAAGAGAUGGAGUGCGGUUCGCGGCGGAUUUACCGUUACGGCCCGUCCUAGUGGCGGCGGUCAUACUGCUCCGUAGUGUGACGUGCGAGGACCCUCACGAGGGCCUCUACAUCGGGAAAAUCAACACGUACGCGCAUCAGGUCUCCGGUCACGUGUACGCCAUCGACGAAUACACGAUCCUCAUCAAGAACUUCUUCUACGACGGCCUGGGUCAGGACGCGUUCUUUUGGGCCGGAUCCAGCGUGCGACCCAGCAACGUCGGUUUCAUCGUUCCCGAUGAAGAAGGCAAGACCAACAAGCUUCAGCCGUACACGGAUAAGGACAUCUAUCUGCAGCUACCAAACAAGCGCAAAAUCACCAGCAUCCGCUGGUUCGCCGUGUGGAAUUUGAGGGAGAACGCCAACUACGGCGACAUCUUCUUUCCAGAAGGUUUCGAACCACCUUCGCCCAGGCGGAUAUCGGAGUUCUCCAGGCGUGGCGCCGGCGUGCGUUCCGGCACAGUUGUGAUCGUGGAUUCUAAGACGAUCGAAAUCCCGGACUUCUACUUCAGCGGGAACGUAUCGGACACUUACUUCUGGGUCGGCCUAGGACCGCAACCGAACAGCGCCGGCCAGAAGAUUCCCGAUGAGAAAGGGUACCUCGAACCGCUCGGCCGUUACGAGGAGAAGACCAUCCAGCUGACGUUGCCAGGAAAGAUGACCGUCUUCGACAUCGACUGGCUGAGCGUGUGGAACGCGGAGUCGAACGAGAACUACGGAUCGGUGAUCGUGCCGCACGGUCAAGACAUCCCGCCUUCGAAGCUGGGAUCCAUGAAGCACGAAUCUCGCCUGCCCAAUUGCGAACAGCUGCACGCGACCCUGCAGCUCCGCUGGGAGAUCCAGGGCCGUAGCAUCACGCUCCAACUCACGGGACAGAUCGAGGAGGACGAGUACAUCGCGUUCGGCAUCAGUGGCGCUACCAACUCUUCCAAGAUGGUUGGUGCCGACGUGGCGGUCUGCUACAUCGACGGCCACUACGCCAACGCCGUCGACUACAACAUAUCGGACCGCUUCCCGUGUUCCAACGUGCUCGGUCGCUACAGGGGCGUCUGUCCGGACCUGAAAGUGGAAGGCAAGGAGAGCUACCAGAUCCUGACAUUCACGCGCAAGGACGGUCUCACCAGCUUCGUCUACCGCCGUACGCUUCUCAACCCGGACGACGACGGGGACCAGAUCUUCAACCCUGACGGCAACACGUACCUCGUCUGGGCCAUCGGCAAGUACAACGAGCAAAAGGAACCUUCCUUCCAUCACACCUUCCCCAGGGGCGACCUGAAGAUAAACUUCGGCCGCAAGGACGCCGCGGACAACUGCUUCGAGUUCACCACUGGUCAGAAUCGCAAGAAGCCGGAUCCCUGGCCCUUGUUUCGAAUCCGGGACAAAGCGGUCGACACGUUCGUCGCCAGGAUCGGUCCCGCCGGUCUGUGGAAAGGCUAUGUGGGCAUCACGGGCCGUAGCAGUCCCGGCGAGAGCUGGUAUAUGAACGGCGUGCUCGUGCCAGAGAUUCACGUGCAGAGGGGCCACUCGUACACGUUCCGCGUCGAAGGGGGCAACAACCCGCACAACGCGCGCUACUACCACCCGCUGUACAUCACCGACAGCCCGUCUGGCGGUUACGCCAGGCUCACUGAGACGGAAGAGCAGGGGGUCAAGAUCUACGCUGGCAUCCAGUUCGACCGCAGGGGACGUCCUCAACCCAGCGCCGCGGGCCGGCUCUGCGCCUGGCUCUACAACACCUCGGAGCCCCGGCAAGCGGACGAGUACGCGAGCUUCCCCAAGUUUCGGAACACGCUGCGCCUUCAGUGCGACGACGGGCAGCCCGCAGUGCUCUCGUGGAUGCCCAACGACAGCACGCCGGACGUCGUCUACUACCAGAGCUACACGACGCCCAACGUCGGCUGGAAGAUCGUCGUCCAGGACGAGAUAGUCACCGGCAGUGCGGCCGUCUCCUGGAACCGGAUGUCGCCGUGUGGUGCCGUGACGCUGCUGAUAGCGUUGGCGUUGAGCGUGAGAAAGUGCGUGUAGACGCCGUCGACUCGCCGGACGAUCGAACUGGUAGUAAUAACGUCCUAAAAAAGUUGGCCAAAGUUCUUAAAAGCCUUCCUAUAAGAGACUGCAGCUACGUAACUGCGUUUUAUGGUGAAGUGUGCUCUCUUCGUAAUUACAACUACAUUUAAUGGUUCCGCUGCAAAGAAAAAAAAAAACAUCUUAGUUUCGGUUGUCAUUUGUCGCGGCUAUAGCGUUGACGCGGGGCCGGGUUUGUUAUGCGUACAUCCUGAGAUUGUUGAAUGACGAGGGGUGCAGAUUGACCUACAUACGCAUGCUCGUUUUGGCUGCGUUUACUUGCGCAUACGUAGACUGGCGCCCGUCGUGUGUAAUAGUAUAUGUGCUAAGCAAUUGAAAAGGAGCAGUUGAACGGAUAUGUAGGGUGUGUGCAGUGUGCUACAUUUUGGUCGCGUCGUUGUUAAAGCUGCGGCGCCCUAAUCUCGGGUCUAGUCCCGCGAAAUUAGCGUGGCGGGCGCGCCUUUGCCAAAGCAUCACCCGCGCACGUGAACUCGCGAAAAAGCCCCCACGGAUGAUGAUGUUGAGGAUAAUGAUGUCUCACGGGGACUACAUCUCUUUCUCUACUUUUUUUUCUGUUUUUUGGUCUAGUGUGGCAUGCGCUUUUGCAAAAACAGAAUGGCUCCAUUUCUUUUUCGGGGAAGCAACGUUCUUCUUUUAUUAAUGAGAGGAAACGUUCUUUCUACACUCAUUAUCCUAAAUUCUCAUGCUUACCAAUACGGCACACUUCCUUCGCUUGUGCCCGACAGUUACCGCAAAAUUAGCUGCGAGCGAAACGAUAAAAAAUACCGGAAUUCACGUGCCUUCCUGUCAUGCUCUCUUUAUGAAACUACCUUACCGACGCGUUUUGUCAGUAACAGCUUCAGCUUUGUGCUGUACAUAUGAGUGAAAUAUGACGCAAUUAUGAGAAUAUAUGAGAAAGUUAUCCCUACAUGAUUGCAGAAUGCAU